AUGCGCUUCUCCUCGCUCGACGUCUACCCAAAGACGCUCAAGGAGUUCCGUCAGCGUACGACCUCGGGCGCCAUCGUCUCACUCUCGUGCGCCACCCUCAUCGCGCUGCUCACCUGCGUCGAGGUCGCCGACUUUUUGCGCGGCACGAGCGACGACCACCUCUUCGUCGACACGUCGCGGGGCUCGACGCUGCGGAUCAACCUCAACAUCUCAUUCCCAGCGCUUCCCUGCUCCACCAUCACCCUCGACACCCUCGACAUCUCGGGCAACCACGCGCCCGACCUGAUGCGGCACAUCUCAAAGACGCGGCUCGACAAGGCUGGGCGGUCGCUGGAGGAUGGGCCGCGCGCGGGCGACGGCCGGCCUGGCCGCGCGCUGCUCUCCGGCGCGGGCGGCGGCGCGCAGCGGGGCCUUGGCCCCGCGCUGCUGCAGCUGAACCGCAACGACCUGAUGCUCUCGGCGCUGAUGCAGCUGCUGCAGCCGCACGCGGCGAUCGACGAGCUGCGCGCGCACGUGGGGGAGGGGUGCCACAUCGAGGGCCACAUGGUGGUGAACCGGGUGGCGGGCAACUUUCACUUUGCCCUCACGCACGAGGCGCACGCGUCGGGUCCGCAGCUCUCGCCGGGAACGGCGUCUCUUCACACCUGCAGCCGUUCACAGGAGCACGCGACGCUGAUGGCCGUCUUCGGGUCGCGCGACAAGCUCAACGUCUCCCACUCUGUGCACUCGGUCUCGUUUGGAGAGCCCUUCCCGGGGAUGGCCAGCCAGAUAGAUGGAAGGGAGAGACACUGCCAGCAGGACGGGCGACACCGGCGCUUCUCAAGAGGCGCCCCAGAGGCGCUGUCAGAGGUGCUGUCAGAGGUGCUGGUCAACCCGCUGGACGGCAGCGAGAAGCGGCUCGGCGACGGGUCGGGCUUCUUCCAGUACUACCUCAAGAUCGUGCCAACGGUCUACGAGCCGCUGCGCGGGCCCGUGCUCCGGACGAACCAGUACUCGUACACGGAGCUCUUCCGCACGACGGAGGAGGUGGACAAGAUGCCCGCCGUCUACUUCCACUACGAGAUCUCGCCCAUCAUGGCGCGCUUCGCCGAGGGGCGCCGCUCCCUCUCCUCCUUCCUAACCGGCCUCUGCGCCAUCAUCGGCGCGCCAGCCGAGAUCUACCGAGAUCGGUCCGAGAUAGACACCAACCUCUGCGCCAUCACCGUCGCACGCGCAGCCACCAACUUACUGGCGCCCCACGAUCCGCCACCCAGCGAAAAUCCCGCGCGCGGCGUCUUCACCGUCGCCGGCAUGGUGGACUCGUGCAUCCACCGCGUCUCCCGAGCGACAAAGGAGCUAGUCGAGUUGGCACGCGCCUUCUACUACACCGUGCCCGCCGACGCCAAGGUGAAGCAGCUCGACCACCCCAGCCCGAGCGGACAGGUCCGGCUGCUCUCGCGCGGCGCCUGCGCGGUUCUCUCUCCGAUGGCUGCCCUCUUUCCGCGGCGUUAA